AUGACUACUGGAGAGUCACCUGGGGGUGCAAUAGGGAACUCGGAUGCUUCGACUACGCUGGAUAUGGCUCACACAAGUGGCUUGUCCAAGCGUAAAUUAAGGUCGGAUGUGUCCAUAAGUGCGCUUCUUAAAAUGGUCGAUCCUGAAGAAUUUUCUGGAUUAAAGUCCAAACUGACAAACCUGGAAUUCAAUUCCAACGUAGAUGCAUUUUUCUCAAGGGCUAAUUACAUAGUUCGCAUUGCAGCAUGGAAGGCGAAAUUGGCAACGCCGAGAAAUUUGUAUUCGUUGUAUGGUCUUCGUCAUCUAGACGACACGGAGCUUUUACAGAGCAAGGAUUUCUACAGUUGGGUUUUGGCGGUCCGAAACCGCUACAAAGAUAAUGCGGAUCCCACCAAUAUCGUCAAUCCGCGGAAAGCGGAUAUCAAAAUCGUCGAAGCGCUGGAAGUGGAGCGUGGCGACAAAACGAUUGCAACGCUGCUUGAAAUCGGGCAAAACGGUCAUGUGUCGGAAAGAAAUACAAUCAAGGAGUUGCAAAAUGCUCAGUUUCAGCUGUGGUUCAACAGAGGGUGGACGAGAGAUACUGUCAUCAUCAACUUCUCAAAAAAUACAAAGCAAUAUGACAAAGACAUCUUUGGCAUUGCAAACAACUUUGACAAAUAUCGCAAAGAUCGAGUACAUCCAUAG